AUGGCAGUGGCACCAACCAAAGGCAAUAUAGUGAUGUUCCCAUUCAUGGCACAAGGCCAUAUAAUCCCAUUCUUAGCAUUAGCACUUAAACUGGAACAAGAAAAGGGUUACACCAUAACCUUUGUGAACACCCCUCUCAACAUCAAGAAACUCCAACACUCUCUCCCUCAAAACUCCUCCAUUCGUCUCCUUGAAAUCCCCUAUAACAGCACUGACCAUGGACUCCCUCCAAACUCCGAAAGCACCGAGACUCUCCCUCUCUUUCUCAUGUUCCAAUUCAUCGAAUCAUCAACAUCUCUCAAACCCGCCUUCACAAAACUCAUCUCCAAUCUUGUCAAAGAACAACAUGGCCACCCACCGCUUUGUAUCAUCUCCGACAUGUUCUUCGGGUGGUCGGCAGUGGUGGCUCACCAAUUCGGUGCCUCUCACGCAAUCUUUAACGCCGGUGGUGGCUAUGGCAUGGCAGUUUUUCACACUACGUGGUUGAACCUGCCUCACUUGAAAGAAAACUUAAACUCUGACGAAUUUUCGCUUCCUGGUUUUCCUGAAGGUUAUAGUUUUAAUGUCAACCAAUUACCAGAACAUAUGAGAGCAGUCACUGGCCCUUGGAACUUUGUACAAACAAUGUUUAAAGAUUGGUUGGAGAGUGAUGCAAUGCUGUUCAACACAGUUGAAGAGAUUGAUCAUACAGGAUUGAACUAUUUCAGGAAACAAUACAGCUGUUCAGUAUGGGCUGUAGGGCCUAUUCUUUCAUCUGUUGGAAGCAAAGCUCGUGGUGGAAAAGAAGCCGAGGCCAUGUCGAAUCUUUGCAUGAAAUGGCUCGAUUCAAAGCCAGAAAACUCCGUUUUGUACGUGGCUUUUGGAUCACAAAACACACCAUCAGAGCCACAGAUCAAACAGUUGGCGAUGGCGUUAGAGGCCAGUGGCAAGAAUUUCCUCUGGGUUUUCAGGCCACCAUCAAGCUUUGUCAUGGACUCGAACAACAAAGACAAUGAAGAAUGUCACUGCGGAUGGAACUCAGUGAUCGAAGCUCUCAGCCAUGGUGUCCCAAUGCUUUCAUGGCCAAUGGGUGCUGAGCAGCCUUUCAAUGCGAAGAUGUUGGAGGAGGAGAUAGGAGUGUCUGUUGGGGUGGCAUAUGGGAAUGACUGUGAGGUAAGGUGUGAGGAUAUAGUGAGAAAGAUUGAGUUGGUGAUGGAUGGGACAGAGACAGGGAAGGACAUGAAGAGGAAAGCUUGUGGUGCGAGAGAGAUGAUCAAGAAUGCUACCAUAGAUAAAAAGGGUUUCAGAGGCUCUUCUGUGGGAGCCAUGGAUGAGUUCCUGCUUGCUGUAUUGCAGAUGAGGAAGAAGCUUUGGGGAUCAUCGAAAUGGUGUAGCGUGCGGUAG